CUUCAAGUUUUCUACAGACGAAAGAAAUUAGGGUUUUGCAGACAAGAACUAACUAGAAGAAUGAUCUACGACGUCAACUCACCGCUGUUCAGAUCCUUCCUUAGCCAGAAGGGAGGCGCAUCCGACAAGAGGAAAAUGGAGGAGCAGAAGCCAAAGGAGCAUAAGCCUAAAUCUAAUGAGAAUAAGCCUGUGAUGAAUGAGUAGUAUUUCCAGUUCUGCUAUGAAGUUUGGUUUUUUCUUCUUAAAAUUUUAAUAUUCGACAGUUUUUAAUGUUUUAUUGUUAUUCAGAUCUUUCCUAAACCCACAAGUGGAAUGAUUUGUUUUAAUCUUUUGAUGUUGUGAUGUUAGUA